AUGUCGUCGUCUUUGAGUCAAAGUAAGGAAACUAGAACGAAAUCCGACGAAGUAAAACGAUCAAACUCGAGAAGCGAUGACACCAAAAGCACGUCGACAGAGGAGAUAAUUCCGAUCAAGAAAACCUCAAAUGCCACCACCAUCUCCAACAUCGGAUUCAGAAGUAUGACAAACUUAGCGUUAGAGAAUAUGGGAUUGGAUACUAGAAUGGAGGGACCGACGUGGACAUCGAAAUGGGAGGCAAUUACAGCGACUCUCGCAUUCAUCACUUGCUCUGGGAAUUUCUGGUUUUUCCCUUUCUUAUGCGGAUAUUACGGAGGAUGGUUUCCAUAUCAAUUCACAUUUUGUUUCGUUUUCAUAGCUGUUCCUCUUCUCUAUAUGGAAACAGCUCUCGGACAAUAUGCCUCCGCUUCUCCACUCUCUGUUUUCUCAAGAAUGGCUCCGGCGAUGGCGGGACUUUCAGCAGGAAUGUGUUUUAUAAUGGUGUUCCGAACGAUAAGUCUAUCUGUAUGGGCUAUAUAUGACUUGACUAUAACCGCACAUGCUACACGAUCCAUUUGGGAAGAACCCGUAUGGAUGAGUUGUCCGAUGACAGAGUCCGCCGGUGACUAUUGUGUUGAUUAUCGGUUGGCGAAUGAAUGCACUUGGGUGAAGCCUGGAUUUUCAGUGAAAUGUGAUAGAUAUCAGGAAGUUUUGAUAGCUACAAGAGGGUUUCAGCAGAGAAAAUCGCCUUUUAUGAGUUUCGUUCAUGGGCUAAUGUUCAAGAGAAGUAUAACUGUAAACGACUGGGCUCCACCUAGCAACACUUCCAUUAUAUCUGCCGUUGUUUUAUGGAUUAUAGUGGGCGUAAUUUCUAUUGGUGGCUCCAAAGUGUUGGGUAGAACUGGUAUCAUUGCUCUCACGCUACUAUCGGUUGGAAGCUUAAUGCUGUUAGGUCUUGGAAUGUCCCUAGGUGAAUCGAGAGACGUAUUCGUUGCAUUUUUCUAUCAGAAGGACAGUUAUGAAGAUAAGUGGAUGUGGGUAUGGUCAUGGGCUGAUGCGGCAGCUCACGCACUACGUGCACUAAACGUCGGCUGUGGAGGAAUUCAGAAGUUCGCUUCUUUGAACAACUUCCACAACAAAAUCCAACGAGAUGUUCUUAUUAUCAGCGGAAUUUCUUACAUUUUUUACAUGUGCACCGGACUAUUCUCAUUCAUGUACAUGGCUGCUGUUGGAAGAUUCUACUAUCCAGAUCUAGAAGCCAGUGAACGAAUCCAGCUGUAUGCAACACCAGUGAUGAUUGAGAGUGUAAUAUCGGAGAUGCUAACGAAUUGUCAUUUCGGAAAGUUUUGGGUGUUCUUUUUCUGGCUGACACUUGCCGCGUGCUCAAUUCAAGGCAUUUCCAGCUACAUCUGGGUGAUAAGCUCAAUGCUGAUAGAGAGAAUGAAUGGAAGUCGAAGAAAGUACGGAAAACCACUGGCAAGCUGGCACAAACGAGCUAUAAUUCUGGCGAUUAUGUGCUUGACGGGUCUGGUUUCUAGUCUACCGUAUUUGGGGAAUGGUGGUAUCAAUUUGAUGAGUAGUAUCACUACAUUCGCUUCAUAUGGUACUAUAUUUAUUGCGUUCGUAGAGAUUAUCACAGUGUCUUAUUUAUAUGGAUUCAAGCGGUUCUCUGUAAACAUACGAGCAAUGAUUGGGGGUCGUGGCCCUCCAAACAUGUUCUGGUGGCUCAAUUGGCUUGUGAUCAGCCCGAUAUUGCUAAUCAUCACUUUUGGAUGUAUUGUGGCAACAUUCGGACAGAAAAAGGCGUUCAAUGAGAUCUCAAUCGUCACCGACCCAAUCGGAUACACUCUUCUAAUCAUGCCAUUCAUUUUCGUGGUCUUUUACUUUCUCAGAGAUGAGUGUGACCGACGGAGAAAGAUGGAGCCAUUUGUGGUGAUGAUAAGAGCCACUGGAGACUGGGGACCGAUGAAUCUAGAAGACCGACGGAUGGCGGUAAAGUAUGAAAGACAGCUUCGUGUUCGUUAUUGA